CUGCAACAUCCACCAGUAAAUGCGCAAGGAAUCGAUAAUCACUUUUCUGCGGCCUUCAUUGAGGCGUUCUUAGAAGCGGUUACGGGGAAAGCGGAACGGUCGUCCAGCGUCAACCAGUUUUCCAAUAGCGUACCAAUUUCGCCCACACCAGUAUCACCGGCUGCGACGAACGUAGCGACGGCCUCAACCUGGCAGGAUGUUGCCAUGCACGAUGGCGCGAUCCUCAUGUUUUCAGUGCGCGCCAGUUCGGGGCAUAGUUUAGUCAACUUAUACACCGCACCGAUUGUUACAAACCAAAUGGAUGCACAGUGGUUCAAACAUGUUGAAUUUGAUCAGUGGACGGUAGGAAGAUAUCGACGCGUAAUGUUAGAGCUGUGGCACGCUAACCAACCAGUGGUACGACUCACAUUCAACGCAGAAUACGCCGACCGAUAUACCUGGUUUCAGAAAGCCCUGCUAAUUGAGUCCUUUCCAUGGUACGAAAAUGAGUUAAUUCAAGAGACCGUAUUUCUAAGAAGC